UUUCUCAUUUUGAGAACCUCUCACCCUCGCGUUCGGCUUCUGUGAUGGGCUCUACCAUCAAGAAACAUCCAAACUAUCUAACUCUCGAAAAUUAUGAGUUUUUGGAUGAGCUCACAUCCGAAGAAACGCGCACCAUUAAAGAAAAAUAUGCCCAUCUUAAUAAGAAGCCACCAAACCGUAAUGACAAUUGGAAAGGGGAACUCAAAGAUGUGCACCCUUGGGUUCAGAAUGUUUACAAAUCUCUGGCGGCAAUAUGGGAAGGCCUUGCCAUUAUCCAGGAUAAACAUAGUGGUGGUCAUAGUGGUAGCAUCUAUGCGGAUCAUUACCUCACAUACCAGUUGUAUAAGGAUUUAUACACUAAAAAAGAAAAAGAAAUGGAUUGGAUAAGAUGCUACGCAUUUGAAGACAAAUUGAGAUUGUCGGAGUCCGCCCUAAACGAAGCAAUGGUUCAAUGUCACAGAUACUCCAGGUAUUUUUUCGCCGCGAGAGAGAAUAGUAAACAUAAAUAUAUCUCAAUCAUUACCGACGGUUCCAACUAUGCACUUUGGUAUUCGUACUUGAACGAGGAAGGUCAUAUGUUUGGUGGCUUGACGGACACCAUGGAGUGGUCUCAGGAAACGCUGCUGAUUGUCGGACGUGUCUUCAAGACUUUCGCCCAAGCUGAAAUUGGCAGACUCCGUGCUAAUGCUUCUCCACGAGAGCUGGAAAGCUUUUUUCCCGACAAAGACAUUGCAAACGUCGAUUCUCCUAAUACAACAUCUACCUCAUUCACCCAUCGACAUUUGAACAUAAAUAAAGGGUUAUACAACGUGAUUCUGCAAUGGGCAGUAAAACGCUCUCAAUUCGGUCUCCCGAUCGUGUCGACAAGUAUCGGUGAA